AUGUCGGCGUCGGCAUCUCAACGAAAAACUCUGAGCAUUUCUGAACAGUUGGAGCUCAUCGACGAUGUCAAAGUGAAGAAACUCAAACUGGCCGCUGCAGCCAAAAAGUACGGAAUCGGUUAUUCAACAGCAGCAAAAAUUCUCAAGAAAGAAGCUUGCAUGCAAAUGAACGGAAACACUAAUCGCAAACGAAAGCGCCAAUCCGUGCACAAGAACGUUAACGAAGCGCUUACACAAUGGUUUACGCAAGCAUGUGCUCAUGGAACUACCGUCACCGAUCACGUCAUCAGGCAGAAAGCAUCACAACUGGCCGUAAAUCUCGAAGUUGAUUUUGAACCGAGCAAUGGCUGGCUCAUGCGCUGGAAGCAGGCCAAUAACGUUUCGUUUAAAAAAAUUUCACGGCGAAUCAAAGUCAGCAGAUCACGGUUCUGCCAACGAAUGAGUGACAAACGUUUUGCUGCAACUUUUUCGUGGAUAUGA